AUGGUCGUCAUCGAGCGCUACGAAAAAACGGCCGCCGACCCGGAAGCGGCCUAUCGGGCGGGAACUUUGAUCAGGGUGAAGUGGCCGCAUGUCGAUGGAGCAAGUGCCUGGUAUACAGCAAUGAUCACGGCAGUCUCGGAGCGCAUAGCUCCCGUCCGAGAACGCAGCACUCCGUCGCACUAUCGCUACACGCUUAUGUUUGCCGAUGAAAGCAGGUCGCAAAGUUCCAGGCUGUUGCAUCUCCAGCACGAAACCCUCUUCAAGCCAAGAGCACAGCUCGGCCGCCCUCGUUCCUUCGUCCAUUGUGACAACGGCAAAAGAUACGAACUGCCUGUCGGUGUUUACUACAGCGCGAAGCAGCCCAGAUUGCGCGUUGCAAUGAUUGCGACUCCUCGCAAUUUCAACCUAAGUCUGGGCCAAUACCGCUCUGGCAGACUCGCGGUUGAGGCAGCAAACCGGAAAAGGCUCGGAGUUAUACUGGACCACCUGCACCGGCAGCACGAGGGCCGCGAGGACUGA